AUGAAUCCCCUCGACGCCAAGCUCAUCCUCGACGCUCUCGACAAGCUGUUCGCCGAGCAGAACGCGAGGUGGGAUCGGCGAUUCGCCGAUCUGGACGCCGCGUGGGAUCGGCGGUUGGCUCCUCGGAGCGGCGCCCGGACCGCGGGGGAGCAGCGGGAUGCCGCCGUCGCGCUUGGCGUCGGCACCCCCGAGCAGAACAGCGCGGCGCAGUCCGUAAUCGCCGACAACGGGGGCGGCCUCUUCGAGCCGCACGACCACGACACGACGGAGCACAUCUACUGCAACGAGCGGCCCUCUGCGGCGCAGUACGAUGCCCCGCAUCCUGCCCCCAUCCCGGAGGAGCGCGUCCUCGACCUCUCAGCGUCCGACACCCCCUUCGGCUCCGUCUUCUCCGGCACCGCCGGCGAGGCCGCCUCCACCGUCCAGUGGAUCGACGACGCGCUCAACGUCCCCGCGUCGCACCCCAUAGAGAGCGGAUCUGAGGUCUUCGGCUACGACACCGUGACGCCACACCUCUCCUCCGCCUCGAUCGUCGCCUCGGUGUCGCCUGCGCGGAUGCUCUUACAGUCGGCCUCUGCCGGCUUCUGCAUCGACGCUGCCCCCAGCAAUACUGCUGACUACGUGCUCACCAAGUGUUCGAUGUAUUGCCGCAGUGGCUUCACUUCCAUGCUGACCACAGCACUGAGCAGUUCUACUCCAACUUGGGUGUCCGCCGUGGUUGUCAACAGCUUUGACAAGCGACCGUGGCCACAACCAUCUCAAGCUCAACCAUCAUUCAAUCUAGUGGAUGAGGGUUCUGCGAGCUGGUGUUCCACUUGUCUAUGGAAGCACGGAUGGCCACCUCCAGCUCAUCGAGAUCACAGAAGUGUACCAGUUGUAAUUGUGAGGAGCUGGAAAGGCAAGAUGAUGUUAACAGUAUGGAAUUUUCUUGCGAUGACUGAAGAAGCAACACAGUGGCAGUGUGACGGUCUUUGUCCGGUUGCCUUAUUUGAGGGGUCUGAGCUUGAGAAUAUUGGGAAAGAAUUCAACUGUCGUAUAUUGCUGGGGCUAGCUGCUGCUACUACUACAGUUAGGCCCAAGAGUUAUUCUGUGGUGUCUAGGCUACAGCAACCAUGGUUUCAGUCUCCGCUACUUCUGAUUUGGCAUUGGAAGCCCCCAUGGUUAUCUUCGGUUCAGCGAUUAAUCAGUGGUGCUGCUAAGCUACAGCCUAUGCCAUGGUUACGUUCAGUUAGACAAGCAAUCAGUUGCUGGACCGGAUUGCACAUCAUAUACUUCUGUUUGCCACCAGCUCAAAUCAUCAAUAUGGGAUGCUCUCAGCCCAAACUCAAGUCAGACCUCAUGAUAGUGACUUCAAUGGAUUCUAUUACUCCUGCACUCUGGCCCAUGAGUUUUAUUCCGCUAAUUCAAGAGCACACACAGCAGCGGCAUGGUGGUGUUUGUCGGACUUCUUUGCUCCAGAGGUUUGACCCUGGGAAUACAGAGCAUGGUCGACAACUAAUUCAGGGACCAAGAUUUUGGCAAGCUGAUAUUGCUAAGUUGCAGUUCUGUGUUAUUUCUUCUGCUGUUUUAUGGUUCCCGUUGCCUUCAUCCUUACAGCAGAAAUAUGGUGUUUGGUUAUCAGCUUUCAGGGUCCAGGCGUUUCAGUUGCAGUCACUCGUAGUUGAUAGAUGUGGCAUUGGUGAAGAUGACAGUAUAAUCUAUGGUAAAAAAUCUACCGGUGCCCAUGAAGGUCAGUGCCUUGAUGUGCCAGCUGGGGGCUCUUCUCUGCUGUAUAUUAAAAAAUCUGGGAAGCAAGAUGAGAAAUCUGAACUAAAGUUUCUGAACCUGUAUGGACAAUAUGGGGCCUAA